AAUAAUAAUAAAUAAUACACAAUAAAUACAAACAGGGCAAGCAUUGUGGUUAGAUAAUUUCCGAACUUUUAAAAAAUUUGUUUAGGUAAAAUUUCGCUAAUAAGCUUUUCCUAAAAAUAAAUGUUUUAUGUGUUUUGAUAGAAACUGCUUCAGGGUAAAGACUUUGGAUAGUGAACAGAAGGCUGACACGCGCUCUUCUCUCCGCUGCUUUUACCUUUACACCUACUGCCGUGUUCAAUCCACGGCAGAGGUCCGACUCCAUACCCAACCGGACACAAGUGGCUCACUUUCCUCUGCGGGACCGACCAUGGCGCUUCAAGCUCGAGCUCUGGUCAGCACUAAAUGGCUCGCGGACGCAAUAACGACUCGGGGGAAAAUGCGCGUCUUGGACAGCUCCUGGUAUUUGCCCAAAAUGGGGAGAAACGCCAAAAGGGAGUUCAAAGCGAGGCACAUCCCCGGCGCCGCGUUCUUCGACAUAGACCAGUGCUGCGAUAAAACCUCCCCACUGGACCACAUGCUGCCGUCGGAGAAAGUUUUCGCAGAUUACGUUGGGAAUUUGGGAAUAGAAAACGACACGCACGUAGUGAUAUACGACCGCAGCGACUUCGGUGCGUUCUCGGCGCCCCGCGUUUGGUGGAUGUUCAGGGUGUUCGGGCAUAACGCGGUGUCUCUGCUGAACGGGGGGUUCAAGAACUGGGAACUGGAGGGUCGACCGGUUAGCGACAAAUAUGUCAGACCCUCUCCCACCGAGUUCAAGGCGUCCAUAAAGCGCUCCUGGAUUAAAACUUAUGACGACCUGCUGAAUAACCUGGACACCAAAGAGUUCCAGGUGGUCGAUGCCAGAUCCGCGGGAAGAUUCCGAGGAGUGGACCCUGAACCCAGAGACAACACAGAGCCCGGCCACAUCCCUGGUUCUGCCAGCAUUCCCUUUCAGUCCUGCCUGUCUGAGUCUGGACACUUCCUGCCCAAGGAGAACCUCCGGGAGCUCUUCGUCCGAGCCGGAGUGGACCUCAGCCGCCCCGUGUGCGUGUCGUGCGGCUCCGGCGUGACGGCGUGCGUCCUGGCACUGGCGGCAUACAAGUGCGGACACCCAGAGGUGUCAGUGUACGACGGCGCGUGGUCAGAGUGGUACACCCGUGCCGUUCCCGAGCACGUCAUAUCCGAAGGCCGGGGGAAGCAUUUAUGAUCGGCCGAGAAGACGUAGCGCGGGACUAGAUAACGAAAACCUCGUUCAGUACCUCAAGUUACAAAGUUACAGCUAGCCGUGGAUCUGGCAUGGAAAGAAGCAGCCUUCAAUUUCUAGUUUAAAGUUACAAAGAAGGUUUUUCACCAGCUCUUAAACUGACACUACGCCACCUUUAUUUAAUCCAUGAGUACACAGAAGUAUUUACCCAUGGAUGAUUCAGCUCAGAGUACUACAUCCUGUUUUUGUUCAUCUUGUGCAAAGAUGAUAGCACAUGUUUUAUUGUAACUUAUAUCCAAAAGUGGAACAGAUACUUUUCAUCCAAUGUGUAUACUAGUAAAGACAAAGCAACAUAUGAACACUAAAUGUUUUUACUCAGUAUGUUUACAGUUGGAAAGGUCAUUUUUAAAAUAAAGUAUGGGUUUGCUUUAAGCCAUCUCCUCUGUGUGUUCAACACUGAAUGUGUGUUUGACUGUUAACCACUGCGACCUUUGGCCCCGUAGAAAACACACAGCACUGAUCCAGAGUUUAGUUUGCAUCAUUUGCUAAAACGAUGAGCUGAGUCAAUGGACUUCUGACCUAUGACCUGUACUUUCUAAAUGCUGUUUUGUGCACAUGAUCACAUUCUGGUCAUGGAGCAUAUUUUCCAGUAAGAAAUAUGCUCAGUGCAUAUAAAGAA